AUUUCACCCGUUCUUCCUUCAAACCUCAAACUACUACAGCAAACGCUGCUCUCCUCACACUCACCCCAGGAAGUUGCUCAGCCGCGCACCGUACCCUCCGGCAUCCGUCAGUUCGUCCGACCGUCCAGUCAUCCACCUUUCAAAUUCUGGUGUGCUUAUGGGGAAUCCAAAGACCAAGAUGAACUCCCAAGGUAAACCAGAGGAUGUAGGAAGCAUCCAAUCAGAUGUUGCAUCAUUUGCGUCUUCUCUCGGUCUUGCAUCUUCUCUGCCCUCGUCUGGCUUCAAUGAUUCUGAUUUCAGACCCAAGAAAAAGAAACCCGAAGAACCAAAGAGUUCGUCUAAAACUAAAAGCCAUAUGUCCCAAAAGCCCCCAAACAAGAAUCCAAGUACACAAAAACCCCAAAAUCAAAAGCACCAAAACAAGAAUCUCAAUGCCCAAAAACCUAAAUUCAAUAAUGACCCGAAAAGUGGGAAAUUUAACAAGAAUGACAAUGUUUCCGCUGCUAACAAUAAUAUUAGUAAUAAUUAUCAGAAAUCUUUUGACAAGUUUAGGAAUCUCCCAAAACUUCUGUUGGUGAAAGCGAGUGCAUUGGAGACAUGGCAUGUAGACCAAGGGGAACUGGAGGAGAAGGUGAUGGCUGGUGCAGAGAAAAAGAGGGUGGAAAUGGGAAAUGCUGAGGAGUGGAAGAGUCUGGUGGCAAAUAAGAAGGAACUUGGAGAGAGGUUAUUGGCACAAUAUACUUUGGAUUAUGAGGCUUCUAGGGGUCAAAACGGGGAUAUAAAAAUGCUUAUUGCCACACAAAGGUCUGGAACUGCUACUGAUAAGGUUUCGGCUUAUUCAGUUUUAAUCGGUGAUAACCCAAUUGCCAAUAUGCGAGCACUUGAUGCACUUCUAGCAAUGGUGACAUCGAAAGUUGGGAAGCGUCAUGCACUUUCUGGCUUUGAAGCUCUUAAAGAGCUGUUUAUACAAAGUCUGUUGCCUGAUCGUAAGUUGAAGACCCUUAUACAGAGGCCCCUCAGCCAUAUUCCUGAAACAAAAGAUGGUUAUUCUCUUCUGCUGUUCUGGUAUUGGGAGGAAUGCUUGAAGUCAAGGUAUGAACGUUUUGUUGUUGCUCUUGAGGAGGCAUCAAAAGACAUGUUGCGUGUACUUAAAGACAAGGCAUUGAAGAUAAUGUAUGCCCUGUUGCGGAGUAAAUCAGAGCAAGAACGGAGGUUACUAACUGCUUUAGUCAAUAAACUAGGGGAUCCUGACAGCAAGGCUGCGUCAAAUGCUGAUUAUUACUUGACUAACCUCCUGUCUGAUCAUCCAAACAUGAAGGCUGUGGUGAUUGAUGAAGUGGACUCAUUUUUAUUCCGGCCACACUUGGGGUUGCGUACCAAGUAUCGUGCGGUUACUUUUCUGAGUAAAACCCGCCUAAGUCACAAGGGGGAUGGGCCUAAGGUAGCAAAACGUUUGGUAGAUGUGUACUUUGCACUAUUUAAGAUACUGAUCUCCGGGGCAGCAAAUGGUCAAAAGAAUGAUGAAAGUAAAGAGAAAAAAAAAUCAACUAAUGAGGACAAUGAUUCUCACGUGGAAUUGGAUUCACGGCUUUUAUCUGUUCUUUUGACAGGAGUAAAUAGGGCAUUUCCAUUUGUUUCUGGGGAUGAAGUAGAUGAAAUUGUUGAUGUCCAGACUCCAAUGCUUUUCCGUCUCGUUCAUUCAGAAAACUUUAAUGUCAGUAUCCAAGCAUUAAUGCUUCUGGAUAAACUUUCUUCCAAGAAUCAAGUUGUCAGUGAUCGUUUUUAUCGUGCUCUGUAUGCAAAAUUGUUACUUCCUGCUGCUCUUAAUACCUCCAAGGCAGAAAUGUUCAUAGGACUACUACUAAGAGCUAUGAAAAGCGAUGUAAAUUUAAAGCGUGUAGCUGCAUUUUCAAAGCGUCUAUUACAGGUUUCACUUCAACAGCCACCUCAGUAUGCUUGCGGGUGCCUGUUUCUUCUCUCAGAAGUCCUCAAAUCAAGGCCACCUCUCUGGAAUAUGGCAAUUCAAAACGAGGCAGUAGAUGAAGAUCUUGAACAUUUUGAAGAUGCUCCUGAUGAUACCGAAAAUAUACCUGGUACUGAAGCUAAUUUGCCAAGCAGUAAUGGUGGUGAUGAACAGGGAAAGUCUGCCGAAAAUGACAUUGAAAUGGACUCAGACAACGAUUCCUCUGAAGACGAGGAAGUUUCUUUAGCAUAUUCUUCCGAAGAUGUGUCAGAUGAAGAUUUACUCAUGAAAAAGAAUGUUGGUAGACCCCAGGAAUCUAGCUCUAGCAAGUUGUCUGAGAACAAUGGAAACCAGCUUGAGUCCUUGACCAAGCAAUUACUUCCUGGUGGAUACGAUCCUCGACGUCGAGAGCCCUCAUUUUGCAAUGCUGGCCAUACUAGCUGGUGGGAGCUGACUGUACUGUCUUCUCACACUCACCCAUCAGUUUCAACCAUGGCGAGGACUCUUCUAUCUGGAGCAACCAUCGUCUACAAUGGAAACCCAUUGAAUGAUCUUUCUUUGACUGCUUUUCUGGACAAGUUCAUGGAAAAGAAGCCUAAGCAAAGCACAUGGCAUGGUGGUUCUCAAAUUGAACCUGCUAAGAAGCUCGACAUGAACAAGCAUGUAAUUGGGCCUGAAAUCCUUGCAUUGGCUGAAGCUGAUGUACCCCCAGAGGACGUAGUAUUUCACAAGUUCUAUGCAAACAAGAUGACUGCUUCAACAAAACCGAAGAAGAAGAAGCAGAAGAAGGGGGCUGAAGAAGAGCAAGCAGCAGAUUUAUAUGGUGGUGACGAUAGUGACAAUGACGAGAUUGAUAACUUAUUGGAUUCCAAUGAUCCUCCCUUGGAAGAAGAUGGAGAUUAUGAUUAUGAUGAUUUAGACAGGAUUGCCGAUGAAGAAGAUGAUGAUUUACUUGGUGAUGUUAGUGAAAAUGAGAUGGACAUGGACGAUGGUGAAGCUGAUGCCCAUAGUUUUGACUCAGGUGAUAGUGAUGGUGUAAAUGAAAUAAGUGAUUUAGACGAUUUGAGUGAUGAUGAUAUCAAGAUUGGUGACAUGGACGAUGUUAGUGAUGAUGAAGUUGGUCACGAUGCACCCUUAUCGAAGAAGGGGAGGAAGAAGUCUUCAGCCUCUCCCUUUGCUAGCCUUGAAGAGUAUGAGCACAUGCUGGAUGAUGAUGAUGAUGGUUCAGGGGAGGAAAAAUCAGACGAGGAAGGUAAGGUCGAGAAGUCACCAAAGAAAAGAAAACACACUCGGAGUGACAAUAACAAGAAAGGUAGGAAAACAGAGAACAGGAAACACAAGAAAAAGAAGAGCAAAACCCAUAAUUAAGGUGCUAAUUUUGUUCUAUUUAAAGCAAUCUUGUAACUUCAUCUUAAAAAGUUUUAUAAAAUUUAGCAUAUUAGAUUUUUGAAUUAUUUCCCAUGAAUAUGAAAAAUGAAAUUUCAAUUGAAAACCAUCAUCUACCAGUAAAAUUUUGUAACUUAAAGAGGUGAAAUUACUGAAAAUUUUGUACUAUUAAAGCUCAUCAGUUGUUCAAGUAUUGUUGUUCAAUUAU